GGAAAAAAAAAAGAUCGUACGAUCAGUCUGGCCGUGGUGGCUUUCCUUUUUUUUUUUCUCUCUGAGCUCGUGAGCCAUUUAAAGCCUCUCGAUCUGCGGCAGGAGCAACAGAAGAGAGAAACUGACAGAAAUGAACAAGGCAACCACAGGAACCACUCCAGCAGGAACAACAAUAACAACACCACCACCACCACCUUUUUCGCCAGUCCAUCUGGUGCAGUGGCUACGACAUCAUUCCACUCUUCACGAUCCAGGUACUUGGUCGUUCUACAACGACCCUUCCCUGUCCCUACCACGUACUACUAACGUAUACCUACCUACUCUCUCUCUCUCUUUCCCUCUAGGGUUGCAAUGCGGCCAAUUUGCAGGCAGCAUCUCAUGCAGCGUCGCCAUGCAGGCAGGUAAGCCCCAGCCCCAGACACGGUCCAAACGUUUUCACCCCCGCCUUUUGCUGUUCCAGUUCGGAGAACCAGAUCAAGCGAUCGUGUUGAUCAUUGGCCGCCUCGGAACGUUCAUCGUCCUCCUCUGGUGUAUCGGGCAAAGUGCGCGGCUUGCUAAGGUUUUUUAAGAGCCAUCUCCUACCCUCUUGAUACUCUCCGGUGAGAUGCUGGGGUCUACCCCCAAGUCCGUCGGCCGUCGCCUCCCUCCCCCAACCUCUUUCCAAAGCCCGGGGGGCUUGCAAU